UCUGCGUCGACUGCUAUAUUCAAUAUGGCUGCCACGUUUGAUCUGUCAAAAUGAAAUGUCAAAAUAGUGUUUUAUGAUAUAAUCAAAAAGUGUUUGAAAAACAAUAAAAGAAAUCAAUCAACAUGAAUACGUAUGACAGAGGUGGGGCACCAGGUAUUUCGGGAAAUUCGUUUGACAGGUGGGUUCAAAAGUCAAAUAUGGACGACUCGGCAAUAACUAAAAUGCAACAUCAUUAUUGGGUGACAAAACAGGCUCUUUCGCGUAAAUUGGGAAAAAAAGAUGACGAAUGUAUUGUUUCAUCUGACGCUGAAUUGGACGCUAAACUCGCAUUAUUUCGCAGUAUUCAAGAAUCUUGUGCAUUUCUACAGAGAGUUAUUGAUAAAUACCAGGAACGACUGUGCAAUCUCGCGCAAGAAGAAAAUGCAAUGGGUCGAUUUUUAAAGGAGGCUGGAAAACAAGACAAGACGAGAGCUGGAAAAAUGAUGUCAGCCGUUGGUAAAUCACUUUCAUAUUCCGGACAACAGAGACUUGCACUACGUGCGCCUUUAGUUCGACUUUAUCAAGAGGUCGAAACAUUUCGACAGCGUGCAAUUGAAGACACUCUGCAAAAUGUUCAAUCUUUGGAGAAAGCAAGAACCGAAUAUAGAGCCGCACUCAAUUGGAUGAAAAAUAUCUCCCAAGAAUUAGAUCCCGAUACUACCAAACAAUUGGAAAAAUUCCGAAAAGUACAAACUCGAGUUCGUCGUGGUAAAGCAUCGUUUGACAAUUUAACUCUCGAUUGCCUGCAAAAGGUGGAUCUUCUAGCAGCAGCUCGAUGCAAUAUGUUCAGUCACGCAUUGGUUUUAUAUCAAAAUACUCUUUUGAAUUUUACCAAAAAAUCGACGCAAGCUUAUUCGACAAUAGCGAACAGUUUCAAAGGCUAUCAACGUUAUGAUUUUAUGGUCGUUCGUGAACUUGCGGAAACUUCGUCCAAAUUAGCGAGAGAAACAGGUGGCGAUGACGAUAUUGACGAUAAAGACAAAUUAUUAUUCUUCGACGAAUAUCACGACAGUGUUGAGGAAGCUCAAGAGGUAAAAGCCGACGAGAAAUCCAACUCCGACAAUAAAAAAGACGAUAAACUUCUUGAUUUUGAAAAUAUAUCACAAGACUUUCUCGAAAACAAAUCGAAUUUAACUGUAACGAAAAAUGGUAACACUGAGACUUUUGAAUCACAAACUGAUAAAGAAUUUGAGGAAUUUUUCUCGAAUCUUGUUCCUGGUAAAAAAGAGACUUCGACAGUAAGACAAAUUAAGGAGCAAACAAUAACGGAACUGGAGAAGAAUUUAGCCGAACUUGAUUUAGCAAUGGAUUCAUUUAAUGCGCCAUCGAGUGGUUACGAUUUUCUCAGCAGUCCCUGUUUAACGCCACAAACAUCACAGAAUCCAAAUCAACAACAAUCACCACUGGAGCAACUCACCUCGGAAAAUAUCGCACUAUUAAAUGAUAUUCUCAAUGUUGGACCAAGUACACAUAACGAAUGGGACUCCGUUGGCGAUGAUACAUUUUUACCACCGGGAAUUUUGAAACAGAGUUUAGGCGAUGCUUGCAUUCCCAUUGAACAACAGAAAAAACCACCGAUAAACGAACCAAAAACAAAUAAAACUGGAAAGAAAGCCAAUCCAUGGUUGGAUUUAUUCGCAGAAUUAGAUCCCCUAGCCAAUAAUUCACUGGAGAAUCUUUCGAAAAUUAAUAACGCUCCAGCUUAAUUAAUUAUUCAAAAAGAAAUUUUUAAAAUUAUGAAAACAAAAAAUAAUUAUAAUUCAUAAUUAUGAUGUUUAAAGCCUGAACAACAUAAUGAUGGAUUAAAUAAAAAUCUUCCCAUUCUUUUUUUCUAAAUGACCACAAACAAGGUUUUGAAAAUAAUAUGACGUCCAAGUUUAAGUGCUUCUCGAAAAAUCAAAUAUUUCAUUCCUAUAUUUAUUUGGUAUUGCCAGAAACAUUCCAUUUUCGUAUAAUAAUAAUAAUAAUAAUAAUAAUUCUAGAAGUACUUACAAAAAAAAAGAAUUAAGGUAAACUUUCAAUCAAUUUCGUCAACUAUAUAAAAAAAAAGAAUUUAUACCAAAGAUAAAUAUUAAUAAAUACUUUAUACCAAAGAUUCGUAGCUGUAAAAUCGAUUCAAAAAAAAGAAUUACAACCCGUUCUUCUUAUAAUUUCACAUUCUUGCAUUUUUAAAUAUCAACGAAAUUACUUUGUACAUUUCAAAUGAGUAUAAAUGUUUGAAGAAAAAAAAAUCAACUCGAAUAAUUCAAAAUUCAUAUUUUGAACAAUAAAUCUAUAACGCUUUGUGUCAUGAAUGUAAAAUUAAUGAUAAAAUUCAAAAAAAUAAAAAGAGUCGGUGCAAUA